AUGGAAGAAGGCAACUUCUGGGAGUCCGAAUUAGAGAAGAGUGGAUCUCCCAAAGGAGCUACUCCCAAAAGAAUUAUCCAUUUCGUUGAUGGAGACAUCCUGGAAGAGUAUAGCACAGAGGAGGAGGAAGAGGAAGAAAAAAAGGGACAGAAAACAAAUUCAACACAUGAUCCGUCUACCCUUUCAUGGGGGCCCUAUCUAUGGUUUUGGGGAGGCCAAAUAGCAAGCACCUCAUUGUCUGCAUGUGAAUUCCUUGGUGAAAGAUUUGCUACCUUCUUUGGUCUUAAUCAACCCAAAUAUCAGUAUGUGUUGAAUGAGUACUAUAAGACACAAAUUAAGGAAAGUGACAAGGAAAGUGAAGGGAAUGGAUCUAAGACCCAGCCAGCCAAGGUUCCUAAUGAAAAGUGUCACCUGGAGGCUGGAGGCCAAGAGUAUGGAACCAGACGACAGGAUAUUGUCCAGGGUGUUCCUCAGCGGAGUGUCUCAUCCAGGGAAGGCGUGGCUGCAGAUUUCAGCCCAUAAUGUGCCCCGGGGCUGUAGUUCCUCUGAAUAUCUGUUCCACCGCCAUUGAUGACCAUGGCAACACAGGUUGUGCUUCUGAGCCAGGUCUGAUUUUAAUCUUGUGAUUUAUUCUCUAGCAUCCGUGAUUAUAAGCAGUAAUGAGAAUUAUGGAUGCUUUCUCAAUUUUAUAAGCCUCCCAAGUCAACCCCCUUCCCCUGCCCAGUCAUAAUGGUAAUUUUGCUAAUCAUCUCUUAUUACUGAUGUUUGCCCAGAAAUGCAAAUGCUUUAAGGAACCCGGAUCUGGACUAAAACUCUUCGUCAUGGGGCUGGGGUGCAGGAAAGAAGCUCUCUUCCUCAGAAGAAAGUUUGGGCAUUAUGAAGUCUAAGUAAGUCCUCUUUCAGGGUUUGAUCUAAGGUGUGUGCUUCCCAGAAGCUCCUCUGGCUUCACUGGGACUUGCUUUACAAGAAACUAACAUUGUUAGUAACUUUGUUAUGAUAUAUCAAAGUCUUUGAGAACUGGAUGCAUUUCCCCCCCAACACACACAAUUAAAAACA